AUGGCCAAAGACAAGGGUCAGGAGGGCCUUCCGGUGAACUUCGGCAAGUUUCUUGCGCAUACAGACAAGGUGGUGCGGGAUCGUGGCUUCAAGAGAUUGAAGCGCUGGCUUGUGAAACAUCCAGAGUUGGAAAGGCUGGAGUACAUGAAAGUCUGGAAAGGGUUGUAUUUCGCCGUAUGGAUGGCCGACAAAAGACCCGUGCAGCAGGAACUUGCGGUGAACAUCGCCUUGCUUCUAAACGAUGUGCCUCAAGAGAAGCGAACUCUCUGGAUUGACACGUUCUGGGAGACGAUGAAAGUCUCCUGGGAGAAGCUGGAUGUCCACCGGGUAAACAAAUAUCUGCUGCUGCUUCGAAUUGUUCUUGCCGAAGUCUUCAAAGACCUUCGGACGAGUGGCUGGCAACUGCAGGAGGUCAAGGAUCGCGCAGAGGUCCUUUUGAGGCCUGCCCCUCAUCGCACCAACAGCGCUUCCAGUGUUGGGAUCAUCAUGCAAUUGACACGGGUGCUUUGGGAUGAGCUUCUCCCUCAGCUGGAACAAAGCCCAAAGGCCUCGACACAGGCGGUGUUGGCACUCCUUGAACCCUUCGUCGGUCUGGCAGAGGGUUCGUACGUUGAGGGUUUGGUUCGAAGCGUCCAUGAGAACGUGUUCCGCAGGGUGCCAGAGGACUUGGUGAAGCAGCUUAAGAAGAGAUUGCUGGCUGCUGCCAACGGCGCAGCAACGCAGAAGAACCGAGAAGCACUCUGCGACACGGUGGCAGAGCUUGAGAAGAGGUGCCUGGACGCCACUGCCGUGCUAGCGCCCGACGAGGCAAACCUUCCUUCUGAAGGAGCGGCCUCAAAAGAGGAGCCGAGCCAGCGAAGUUGCAAAAAGAAGCGGAAGAGAAAGGUCCGUGCCGCCGCCGAGAGUCAGGAGAGGGUGAAUGUCUCACCUCUUAUGCUUCCCAAGGCAGCCUUGCCCCUCAGAUCGAAAGUCCUUGCGCAGAAGAAGAAGCGGCAGCAGAGGCUUGGACUUGGAAUCGAGAAGGAAGCUGCACAACACGACCAAAAAGCCCAGGCGCAACACAAGAGCCAGCAUGAGGUCUUUCCACAGCUUGCGAGUGAAGCGGCAAGGAAGAAAAAGAUCAAGAGGAAAGUGUCCUUCGACCUGAACAAAAACGAGGUCGUCAGGUUCUCCGAGAAGACACCAGUCUCGAAGAUGAAGGAGAUUCCGCGGAAAAAAGCGAAGAGGAGGUGA